CGCUGCUACACCAAAGCAGAACGAGCAGCAUCAGGAGACUUGUGCCCGUGUCUAUCCGUGUUGUUUGUUCGCUGCUAGUUCUCUGUGCUACUGCUGCCGUGGCUACGGCUCCCAUUGUUGUUGACCACUUCGGCCGAGUUGGUCUUGCCAGAGGGAUCAGCUCUGCAAGCUUGGUCGCAGCUCGGUCGAGACCUCAGCUCAUCAGCUCUCUGUAUGAGCAUCGAGCCAACCGACGAAGUGGUGGCGAUCAGCUAGUUAGCUGAGCCCUCUAAUCUAACGUCGACGUUGUCGACGGCAAUCCUGGCGUAUCUCGGCGGCUAGCUCCACCAGCGUUGUUUCGCUCAGAGGAAUCCUAGCCGCAGCAGCCGUCCGCAGGGGGAAAAGUUCAAGUUUCUUCAAUUUCGAGCCCAUGCAAUUCGGAUUUGUGUCCCUCGGGGGAACCGCUAGCGUGUGAACGAGAUCAAACCGGAGCGAAUCUUCCGCAUCCCUGGAGAAGAGCUCGUGGGAUGGGACUUUGAGUUUCACAGAAGCAUCAAGGUUCCGAAGUCGUACAAAUAUCUUUCUGAACCACCGAAGGAUCGAGGCAAGCUGCGGACAUGACACGGACCAUUCCGGAAGACAAGAUAAACCUUCGACUCAUCCUAGUAUCGGGAAAGACGAAAGACUUCCUGUUCAGUCCCGCUGCUUCGGCGGGAGACAUCGCCCACUCAGUCUAUGAGAACUGGCCCCCUGAGUGGUCGCAGGAAAAGGUGGAGCGCGCCGAAAUCCUGCGUCUCAUCUAUCAGGGACGCUUUCUCCACGCCGACGUCACCCUCAGCGCUCUGGCGUUGCCGACGGGUAAAACCACGGUGAUGCAUCUUCUACCUCGAGAAAACCUUCCCGAACCUAAUCAGAACGAGCGCAUAAAGGAAACCUCUAGUUCCUGCUGUUUUUCGACUGCGUCUUGCAGCAUCCUCUAAAAUCACUCACACUAGAUUUAAUCAAGUAGUUUUCAUGCGGUUGCUGCUCUGGCCUCGAAGCAUCGCGAAUACAUACGUGCUUACUCCACGCGGUGGGUUCUUCCUGAAAUGCGGGAUAGAGAGCAUUAUGGAGUGCUCUGAAGAAGAGCGAAAGAAGCGAAUUCCGUGGUCUGACUCAAACGACGGAGAGCUGUUCUCGAAGGCGACAAGGAGUGCCGCCAUGCUGAGAGCGAGGAGACUCGAUGCUUCGAGGCUCGAGGCUGUUGUCGCAGAACCGCGCGAACUCGGAACGGAAAUACGAUAAGCGGAAAACUCGAAUUGUCAGGAACGCUGUAGAUAGUCUAUCGAACCGCUCGAGCCUCCACGAUAAAGUCUUACGUAGUCGCUCUAAAUGUGAUGAACUUCCGGCCUGACCCUAGCUUGCGGCCCAGUUCACUUACUCCAUAUCGAAUGUAUGAAAAAGACAAAGUGACCAAUGGGGAGACCAUAGAGACGAGCAAUCGGGAAUGAACCCACGCACGUUCGUCCAGACGGGUCGACGGGAUUAAAUUUAAAAUUCACCGCGUGAAA